CCCCGGCGCCCCGGGAGCCCCGCGCAGGCGCAGGCCUCCAUCGGGCGGCACAUGCGCGCGCCGGGGCGGGGCGGGGCGGGCCGGGAUGGCCGCGCCCGCGCUCUCGACCCCGCGGUACGACCACAUGGGGCCGCACGGACCCUUCCGCGAUGUGUACAAGCCGGCCGAGGACACCUUCCUACUGCUGGACGCGCUGGAGCAGGACGCGGCCCGCCUGAGGCAGGCCCGAGUUGAGAUCUGCCUUGAAAUAGGAUCUGGAUCUGGUGUGGUUUCGACGUUUGUAGCUUCUUCUAUUAUUGGAUCCAGUGCAGUGUACAUAUGUACGGAUAUCAACCCAAUGGCAGCUUACUGUACACUGGAGACAGCUCUGCUUAACAACGUUCACCUUCAGCCAGUCAUUACUGACUUGGUCAAAGGACUGUCUCCAAGAUUAAAUGGGAAGGUUGAUCUACUGCUAUUUAAUCCACCGUAUGUGGUCACACCUUCUGAAGAGGUGAAAAGCCAUGGAAUAGAGGCAUCCUGGGCUGGUGGCAAGAAGGGCAGAGAAGUAAUGGACAGAGUUUUUCCAUUAGUACCAGAUCUACUUUCACCAGGAGGAUUAUUCUACUUGGUCACAAUUAAAGAAAAUAAUCCAGAUGAAAUCCUGGAAACAAUGAAGAAACAUGGCUUAGAAGGCACACAAGUACUUUCCAGACAAGCGGGACCAGAGAUGCUUACUAUCCUCAGAUUUAGGAAGUCUUGAUAACUGCUCUUAAUCUUCUAGACACUAGACGUGCAGAAAGCUGAACUCAAGAGAACUGAAGUUGCCCAAUCAAACUUUAAGCCAAGAUUUUCCAUCCUCUUAAAGAAUAUCUUCACUUCCUGAUUACUGCAGUGAAACUGAUCAAGACUCUGUAUUUAUUGUUAUUCUGGAUGUCAACCAGCUAUUGUUGGCUGUCAGAGGUGUAGUGGUCCUCUGGCCAUGCACAGGACAGUUGAGGGGCAACUGUGAAAUACCCUGCCUUGUUGCAUUUGCACUUAAAACACUGAAGCCUUUUUCCUUUAUAAACAAGUAUUUGUAUAUUUUGUCAUUGUGGCUUAUUAAAAUAAUUUACUUGAUAUAAGGAUAUAUUAAACCAGGAAGAAUUAUAAUAUCUUUAAUAUAUCCUUUUAAUAGCUUGCUAUCUCUACCUAUGCUGGAUUUGCAUGAAUACUUAGAAUCAGCGUUACUUACUUUGAUGUGGUAUCGGACACUUUUACAAGUCUAAGGCACAAUUACUGAGUUUCCUUCACUUAUAAGGAAAUGUUGUACUUCUGAACAGGAAGAUGCAGUAAGUGUAUCUCAAAAGCUAAGGCAAAAGCAAGCUAUUACUUUCCUGAAGUCUUACGGGCAACAGUGGGGUGACUGUGCUCCCUAUUAUGCCAUUUUACAAGGAGGGUACUGCUGUAGAUUAGAUGAAAAGUUCUCAUCCAUGAAAAGGUAUCAAGAGGAGGAAAAGGGAUGAGAUGCUAUUAAAAAGACUGGUUACUGGGUAGCUGAAAACAAGGACUUUAAGUAGAGAAGUGGAGUAAAAGUCCUCCCUCCAUCACUAUCCAAAAUGGGAAGCUAUUUCCUGACCACUGGAUCCAGAUGAAGAGCUUUCUGCAGCUUCUUCCUCCUCCUGCUGCCCAGAGAAGGUCCAUGUACAGAGUUGCCUCAGCAGUGUACAUGGGGCAGUGUACUGCUGUGCAGUGGGCACAGUCUGGCAAGAUGUUUUGCUCAUAUACAGCACAAUGGCAGACAGUCUCGUAUGCAGCACCACUCAUAAUACAUUGCAACACUGAACCAAUCCCCAGUAUCCCUUUCACCCCUCCAUAUCUUCUCAGAACUAUUCCCUAGUGCUGCCUGGGAGAAUGCUUUCAGAGACACUGACCUUUAAGAGUUUGUGUCACAUGAUGUUUGAUAAACCAUCAGCUAACUCUUCUACAGGGACCAGGGUCACAAGGGUUUUUCUGUACAAUGCUGAGGCACUGAAGAGACUGUUCCAUCUAAGACUUCAGAAGUGAACUUAUGACUCUUAUGCUUACCCAGCUUGCACAAACAUUAAAAGUUCUUCCAUGCUUUGAACACUUAACUAGGAGACUGAAAAAAGGAGGUUUCGAACAGGCAGAAUAACACAUGAGAAGUGUAGGUGCUGUUAGCAGAAACACGUGACUAUAAACCUAGCUACACCACUUGGGGUAUUUUCCUGCAAAGGAACAUGAGAAGCUACUAUCCACUCGGGACUUUUCUAAGGACUGUCGAAGUUGAGAAAUUGAGGAGAAACUUUGUGACCAUCUGAAGUAACGUUUCCACAGUUUUCCACUGAAAAAUUUAAGCGAAGUUUUGCUCUUGCAGCUUACCAAGUAGACAACUCUACAAAGUCGUAUUUCAGUCUGCUACCUACUUCUAGGACCUGACUUGAUGGCAGACCCUUUGCUAAGCAACACUUUUUUUUUUUUUUUGCUCAGUGUUCCCUGACAAAGCUGUAAGGAGGUUUUAUGCUUAGUGAUUUUAUGUAAAUUGUGUCUUCUAAAGUUACACUCCUAGCCACAGGGCUGUUUGAAUGAAUCAAAACGCUGUCGUCCUUACACCACUCUAGAAGUUUUAUGUUGUUAACCACUCUGGCUAGCAAAGUUAAGUUGCUGAGCAAAAGUCGUAACAUCAAAAAAAGAUUUUUAAGAUGUAGUCAACACAUUUAAUAGAAUCAAACUACAGGUUUAACAAAAGGAAGUUUUAAUUAAUGUCUAGCGUUUAGUUAUAACUGAAGAAUUAGUUUUAAAAGAGGUAAUCAAAGAUAAAAAAGGGCAAUUAUCUGGCACGUAUCGCAAUGCUCAACAGUGUGUGCAGUUUUAAAUUGUAAAGGACAGAAUAAUGAAGAUCAGAACAGAAAGUGUAAUAAAACGUAACGUCCUUUCCACAAAACGUGAUUGCACUGGACUAUCUAACAGAUUGAUAUUUGGACAAGGAAAUACAAGCGUCCACUUUAACAAACGACAAGUCAAUUUUCCUGGCCCCUCUGUACUGCUGUCUGCUGCAACUCUGGAUUUUUACUAUAAGUAAAAAUUAAAAACUA